CAAAUGCACCUGCAAACCAAAUAAUAGUCAUCAACUCCACUUCUCAUUGUGAACCAUUCAUCAGAUCAGACUAUAUAUAUAUAUACUGCCAGAUUCCACUCUUUCCCAUCAAACAACACAAAGCAUCUCUCCUCAACCAAGAAAAUCUUAAUCUCUCUGUUCAUCACUCUACGAAAAUGGCCAAGUUUUCUCUGAUAUGCAUUUUCUUUCUAGUUUUCACCUUUGGUUGUACUCAAUCAGCAAGGAUCCUUGAUGAAACGAGCCCGGUCACCCCCUUGCCAGCGACUAUACCUGAAGAAGCUAAUCCACCGGAAACAGAUGACCCCGUGGUGACUCCUCCGGUGGCACCAGCUGUGGCUGCCCCGGGAGUGGUUGAUCCCCCGGAAACAGAUGACCCCGAGGUGGCUCCUCCCACAGCUUCAGCUGUCACCGCCCCCGCUGUUAAUGUUGAGCCAGUAGGGGGCCCUCAACCCACGGAGCCGGAAGCAGUGCCUGUCGUUAGCCCGGUUGCAGCAGUGGCUCCUCCUCCCGGGGCAGCCCCCGUUGCCACCACUCCUGGUACGUCAUCUGCCACGGUGGCAAAUCCCACUACAGACCACCCCGCGCUCUCUUUCUUCAUGCAUGACAUUCUUGGUGGCUCGCAACCUUCAGGCAGAGUAGUCACCGGCAUUGUUGCCAAUUCUAAUGCCAACAACUUGCCUUUCACCCAACCUAACAAUCAAAUCUUCCCCAUCAAUGGUGGAGUACCUCUCAACACCAUCAACAAUGUCAUUAACAACAACAAUUACCCAUUCCUCGUGGGCCUAAAUGGUCAACAACAAACCAACACGCUCCUCCAAAACGCUGGCAACAACAAUGUAGUCGAUAGUGGAGACAACCAACCUUUCGUCACGGGUGGGCAGCUCCCUUCUGGUCUCAACAUCCAACAACUCAUGUUUGGCUCAAUCACCGUCGUCGACAAUCAAAUAACCGAAGGGCACGAAUUGGGAUCAGCUGUUCUUGGAAGAGCACAAGGGUUUUACUUGGCUAGCUCUUUGGAUGGCACUAGCCACACAUUAGCCUUGACCGCAAUGUUCCAUGGUGAGCAUGAUCAUGAACACGAACUUGGAGAUACCAUCAGCUUCUUUGGAGUUCACAGAACAGCUACACCGAUUUCUCACCUGGCUAUAAUCGGCGGGACUGGCACGUAUGAGACAGCUAAGGGUUAUGCCACCAUAGAGACUCUUCCGCAUGUGGAUCAGCACACAACUGAUGGUGUGGAAACCAUCACCCACUUCACUGUUUACAUCACCCCUUGAAAGAUGUUUUAUUCUCGAAUGUUUCUUCAAUAUGUUGAUGUAUCUCAUGCCUGUAAUUGAAUGGUUGCCUAUAUGCAGUUGAUGUUGUAAUUUUCUUAAAUUUAUGUUUUCUAAUUUCUAAGGAGUAUGCUUCACAGUUCUUAGCCCCUUCAGAUAAACAUUUAAAUAGAAAA